AUGCCACACCUUCCGGAACACGGAAUUGCAGACGGAGUGGUUGCUAAUGCGACAAGCCCUGAACGCACCACCAAUCCAAGUUAUGCCGAAUUUCAUAACCACCAACACGGAAUUACCUCAGUAACAUCCCCAUACAACUCUCAAGGGUCUACUAUUCUGCGAGAACACACCAGUGGCUCUGUUUCCACGCCUCUGGUGGCAUCCUCAGUCAACGAUACUACCACAUCUUCUUACUUCAACGUGGCUGGACCCCAGAUCUCCCAGCUACUUCAACCGGACUCUUUAAGUCCAUGGUCUCCGGCUUCGCACGCAGGUGCGAUACAUGCAGGGUCUCCACUGACUUACAGAGAAGCUUACCUUGUACACCACUUUGCCACGCACCUCGGGCAAUGGCUUGACUGCACCGACGCUUCCCGUCAGUUCACUCGGAAAAUUCCUAUCCUGGUCAAGCAAUCACCGAUCUUGCUGUAUGCUGUGCUUUCUUACGCGUCCCGGCACGUCGGCGAUGCCGAAAUGGCCGAGCAGGCAUAUGAGCGGUGCGUAGAACUACUGAUCCUCUUUCUGAGCUCGGAAACGGUUGCCGACGAUGACAUCUUGCUGUGUACCAUUGUCAUCCUGCGGGUUUUUGAACAGUUGAACGGUAAGUCUGAGAGAGCUAUGAGUCAUCAGGAGACACCCAGGCUAAUCUCUUCGGGGGCUGAAACAGUCAUGGUAACUGGUAGCGAUCAGGAGCGUCAUCUAGCCGGCUGCUCGGCUCUGCUCCGGGCAUCACAAGGACGAGAGGUGGAUCCCUCGGCCCCGAGGUUGCGGCACGCGGCUUUUUGGGUGUAUCUGCGUCAGUGCCUGUACAAUGCUUGUGUUCAUCAGCAGUCUCCAAAUGUGGAUUUAGACUUGGUUCUCAUCCCCCCUCCGAGCGAAUGUGACUCUCUGAGCAAUCUGAAUUCGGAAACAGCAUGGGCCAACACUAUGACUUGGAUCUGUGCCACUGUGGUACACUUCUGCUUUGGGCCAAGUUACCCUGAACCUUCUACCAGAAUGUUGCGAUGGCAAGAGCUAUCCGAGGCCGUUGAUAGCUGGAUGAGCACCCGACCCAGUACCUUUGAUCCAAUCUGGUAUAGCGAGGCUGUUCCGGGCAGUGGAAACCCUUUCCCAGAGAUAUGGUUUACGGCGGACUGGCAUAGUAUGUGUUCCAGAAGUCUUAUACUUUGCGCUGUCUAA